AUGGUGUUACAGUGCCAAGUGCUGAUCUAUCCAGUUAUCCACGUGUUCGGAUUUUGCUUACCCUCUUAUCAGGAAUAUUAUGAGAACUAUAAUGGAAGUGCUAUUCUCAGUCCUAUUGAGAUGGCAAGGAUAAUGUUGCUUUACUUGGAUAUGCCAGCAACGAAGAGAAAUGUCGAGUUGCUCACUGCUGGUCACCACAUUCCAGACAAGCUCAGAGCGUCAGAAGAGUUCCGAGACCUUAAUAGUAACAACUCGAAUUCCACUCUUCAUGAACAGCUCCAUGUAAAAGUAGCAGAACCAGAUGAAGAUGAGAAAAUUCAGCUGCAAGCUUUUGCUACUAAAGGAUCUGAUCCGGACGUUUCUCCUCUAUUUGGAGUGCGGGACGAUCUGCCUCCAGCACUGGUUGUCUCUGCCGAGUUUGAUGUUUUGAGAGAUGAAGCAAUUCAGUACGCCAAGAAACUGCAAAAGGAGAAAGUUCCCUGUGAAUGGAAGCAUUACAAAACAGCAUGUCAUGGUGUAUGCAGUAUUCCGCGUAGUUCGGUCAAGAGGGAUAUCAUAGCGGAUGUUUGCUCCUUUUUGAAAACUCAUCUCUGA